AUGGGUAGUGCUCCUGAAUCGGGGUCCAAGAGACCUAACUUCCUCUUCAUCCUUGCAGAUGACCUGGGAUUCUCCGACGUCGGCUGCUAUGGAAGUGAGAUCCAGACACCUAACAUUGACCGGCUGGCCUCGGAGGGCUUGCGAAUGCUCAAUCACCAUGCUGCCGCUGCUUGCUCGCCAACACGCGCAAUGCUUAUGAGUGGAACCGAUGCUCACCUCGGUGGAUUGGGUGUCCUGAUUGAAUACAAGGAGAGUAAGCAUGGCGCGCAACGAUUCGGUGGAAAGGCUGGGUACGAGGGGUAUCUUAACAAUGAUGUGGCAACUUUGCCUGAAAUUCUCAGCGACAAUGGGUACUUCACAAUCAUGUCUGGCAAGUGGCACCUCGGACUGCGCGCUAGUCAAGGACCCUUUGAGAGGGGAUUUCAGAAAGCUCUUGCGAUGCUUCCUGGCUGUUGCAACCACUACGGCUGGGAGCCUGUGCAGGAGCGAUUCCCCAUGGGAGGCUCCCCGCUGCAUACGGAGAAUGGUACCAAGGUUGACCUGCCUGCCAACACAACAGCAGAUCCUGAGGGCUUCUACUCAACCGACUACUAUACCGACAGAUUGAUUCAGUAUUUCGAGAAUCGGUCGGAAGAUGAAAAGGAAAAGCCUUUCUUUGCGUUCCUGCCAUAUACUGCCCCACACUGGCCGCUGCAGUGCUCCAAGGAGCAGCGCGACAAAUACAAAGGAAUCUACGAUGAUGGCCCCUAUGCCCUGCGAGAACGUCGCCUAAAGAAACUCGUUGAGAUGGGAAUCAUCGAUGAGUCGGUCGUCCCACACCGGGUUGAGACAAAGUCUGUCAACGCUGGAGAGUGGGCAGAUCUCACCCCCGAGGAGAAGAAACUUUCCAGCCGUGCUAUGGAAACAUAUGCUGGCAUGGUGGAUACGGUCGAUGUCAAUGUUGGCAAGGUGAUUGAAUACUUGAAGAAGACCGGCGAGUACGACAAUACCUUUGUCGUGUUCAUGAGCGAUAAUGGAGCUGAGGGUGCUGCGCUUGAAGCAAUCCCCGUCAUGGGCGAUCGAAUUACAGACGCGAUUCACAAGUACUACGACAAUUCGCUCGAUAACAUCGGUGCCUUCAACUCGUUCACUUGGUUGGGGCCACUUUGGGCGCAGGCAUCGACGGCACCAUCGCGACUAUUCAAAUGCUUCCCAUCUGAAGGAGGCAUUCUGGUUCCAUGCAUCGUCAAGCCUCCUUCAAACACUUUCCAAUCUUCCUUCACGCCAGGCUCAUAUAAUCGUUCCUUCACGACUGUAAUGGACUUCUUGCCGACAUUCCUCGAUUUAGCGGGAGUUUCCCAAGCCCCCGUUGUAGAGAAAACACAAGUCAUCAAUUCAGCCGGAAACAUCACUGCGACUCGGAAAAUGUCUACUUUCCGAGGCAAGGAUGUCCACGCCGUACGAGGAAAGUCUUGGAUCCCAUUCUUUUCCAAGGGUCAAAAGGUUGAACCUAAUGAGGCAUGGCACAUUCACUCAUCCACUGAGCCCAUCGGGUGGGAACUGUUUGCUCAGGGAGCAUUGCGAAAAGGUGACUGGAAGAUCGUUCAUAUCUCCAGAGCCCGGGGAAGUGCGGGUGACGGAGAUGAUGGCUGGGAAUUGUUCAAUGUUGCCAAUGAUCCUGGAGAGACAAAGGACUUGGCAGAUGCCGAGCCGGAGAAGCUGGCUGAACUAAUGAAGCACUGGGAGGAGUACGUUGUCGAGUGUGGUCUUGUCUGGGGAGAGAGUGCUAUGGCUCCUGGGCUCGGAAAAGACGAGGCGCCAGAACUAUGGCAGGAUGAGACAGAGCUGCAGAAGGCGUGGAUGGGUGCCAAGGGGGGCUCUUGUCCAGUUGUUUGUGAAUAA